AUGACACGUCUACCAGAGGAUUCAGAGUCGAGGGCCAACGCUGCCGGCAAUCGUCAAAUGAAAAUGGCUGAAAAAUCGAAUGCAAGCCAAAUGAGAAUUAAGAAAAAUAAGGAGCAAAAGAAGAAGAAGGACCCAAUCCAAACUUCAUCGGAUGUCGACACUUUAAACAGCAAAGAAUUCAACAAAGUUCUGAAUACUCGAAACUUGCUCGCUGACUUUGGAGCUGGUGAAAAGGAGAGUGAUUUCGAGAAGGCGUUGGACAGGCUGGAACAGUUCUUGGGCACCACUAAAGCGGAAUAUGAAGACGUCGAGAACCUCACGAACGUUCUUCUGAAGGAAAUGGAGAAGUUGACAGUUGGAAUUGAGAGUAUUGGCGAUGUUCUCGAUUCGGAAUCUGUUGCUUAG